UGAGGGGAUGAAGGUGCUCCCUGCAUCUGGCCUUGCUGUCCUCCUCAUCAUGGCUUUGAAGUUUUCCACUGCAGCCCCCUCCCUAGUUGCAGCCUCCCCCAGGACCUGGAGGAACAACUACCGCCUCGCACAGGCGUAUCUUGACACAUAUUACACAAAUAAAGAAGGGCACCAGACUGGUGAGAUGGUUGCAAGAGGAGGCAAUUCCAUGAUAAGGAAGAUUAAGGAGCUACAAGCGUUCUUUGGCCUCCAAGUCACCGGGAAGUUAGACCAGACCACAAUGAACGUGAUCAAGAAGCCUCGCUGUGGAGUUCCUGAUGUGGCCAAUUAUCGCCUCUUCCCUGGUGAACCCAAAUGGAAAAAAAAUACUUUGACGUACAGAAUAUCUAAAUACACACCUUCCAUGAGUCCUGUCGAGGUGGACAAAGCAGUGGAGAUGGCCUUGCAGGCCUGGAGUAGCGCCGCCCCUCUGAGCUUUGUCAGAAUAAACUCAGGAGAAGCGGAUAUUAUGAUAUCUUUUGAAAAUGGAGAUCACGGGGAUUCCUAUCCAUUCGAUGGGCCUCGGGGGACUCUAGCCCAUGCAUUUGCUCCUGGAGAAGGCCUGGGAGGAGAUACACAUUUCGACAAUGCUGAGAAGUGGACUAUGGGAACGAAUGGUUUUAAUUUGUUUACCGUUGCUGCUCAUGAAUUUGGCCAUGCCCUGGGCCUGGCCCAUUCCACAGACCCAUCAGCACUGAUGUACCCGACUUAUAAGUACAAGAAUCCCUAUGGAUUCCACCUCCCCAAAGAUGAUGUGAAAGGGAUCCAGGCAUUAUAUGGACCUCGGAAACCAUUCCUGGGGAAGCCCACUGUGCCCCAUGCCCCCCCUUACAAGCCAUCCACCCCCGACCUCUGUGACUCCAGCUCAUCCUUUGAUGCUGUGACAAUGCUGGGGAAGGAGCUCCUGCUCUUCAAGGACCGGAUAUUCUGGAGACGGCAGGUUCACUUGCGGACAGGAAUUCGGCCCAGCACUAUUACCAGCUCCUUCCCCCAACUCAUGUCCAAUGUGGAUGCAGCUUAUGAAGUGGCUGAGAGGGGCACUGCUUACUUCUUCAAAGGUCCCCACUACUGGAUAACAAGAGGAUUCCAAAUGCAAGGUCCUCCUCGGACUAUUUAUGACUUUGGAUUCCCAAGGCAUGUGCAGCGAAUAGAUGCUGCUGUCUACCUCUGGGAGCCACAGAAGACCCUCUUCUUUGUGGGAGAUGAAUACUACAGCUACGAUGAACGGAAAAGGAAAAUGGAAAAAGACUAUCCAAAGAGUACUGAAGAAGAAUUUUCAGGAGUAAAUGGCCAAGUCGAUGCUGCUGUAGAAUUAAAUGGCUACAUUUACUUCUUUUCAGGACCAAAAACAUACAAGUAUGACACAGAGAAGGAAGAUGUGGUUAGUGUGGUGAAAUCUAGUUCCUGGAUUGGUUGCUAAAUAGAAAAGCCUAGUCUUCCCAAGCAACGAGGAUGACUGCAAGCAGCUUCUAACUGGAUCUUAAGGACUAAAGCAGAAUGUAGGAGAGGGAUUCUUCCCAUGGCCUUCAAAUCAAAUUAGAAUUCACUGAGGAUAAUAAUACUUCCAAUUUUUUUCAUAGUUGUAUAAUCAGAAUUUUAAUCCACAUUAGAAAGUUUUUAUAUGGGCAACUUUAUACGAAAUCCGAAUCAACACAAUGCACUCUGCAGUUAGACACCAUUAUUUUUUUCUUACCUAAUAUGCUGAAGCAAAUUGAUCAGUUUGAUUUUUAUUUCCAGGAGGAAGACUAGUGGUGGAUUCCAUCACAUAUAUUGUAAUUCUUUUCAUAGGAAAUGUCAUUACCAUAUGAAUUAUAAUUAUUUGCAAGCAAUGGCUUUUUUGGCCAUCAUUUGGCCAUCAUUUGUUAUAAUAAAUAUGAAUUUCCCAAUUUUUACUUAAAAGACAUCACAACAAAA